CUCCCGCCGAAGAACUGCCUCCUCAGGGCGCAGCGGCUUUGCCACCAGAGCCGGGCGACGCAGCGUCAGAGGCGGCAUCGGGCUCCGAGGAGCGCGGCGACGAGAUUGGUUCCGAGCUCGGCGUCAAACAGGAUGAGCUUGAGAGUGCCAAGCGUGAGCUUGAGGAGGAAGAGGCUCCACCGCAGGGCGCGGUAGCCAAGGUUGAGAAUGAGGAGCGCUCGCCCGAGGCGGCAGCGCCGCAGGCGGAGGAGGAGGAGGCAGCUCAGGACGAUCCGCCAGCAGGCGCUCCCCAGGUAGGGGAGUUCGUGGAUGUGCAUGGCAUCGGGCAUAGCAUCGUGCGUUGCAACCGCUGCUGUCGCACGGCAAAGGAGUGCAACUACAGGAUCAGGGCGAAGGGCCAGUCGACUUACCAGUGCGACGCGUGCAACACGAACGGGGUGCGCCUUUCUCGGAGGUUCGGACAGUGGCCGCCAAAGUGUUUCGCCAAAAUGAAGAGUGAGUUCAAGCAGCAGUUCUACAAGGAUCUGGCAGAAGAUCCUGGGCUGUCGAACCUCGAUCGCAUUGAAGCCUUCGUGGUCAGCUCAAUCACUGUCCAACGGAUGGAGGAGGAGCGCGUCCGCAAGGGUGGCAAGUACCUUCCGCUGAGGAAGUGGGCGCACGACGGCUUCGACGCGAAAAAGAUUGAAGAUAAUGUGCAGGAUAAGAGGUGGAACCCUGAUCUCGGGGAGUGGACGUACAGGCCGCAAUUGGAGGCGGCCUGGAGCGAGACAGUGGAGGCCGCAGUGCGCAACGAGCUGUACACCGAUAAGAGGACGCAGGCGAAGCAGAGCGGCCCGCGGGCAGCGGCCUCGACGGGCGUCGCAGAGCACGGCGGCGACAAGGGCGACAGAAGCGACGAGAGCGACAUGUCCAGAUCCAGGAGCCGCUCGCGCGGCGACCGCGACAGGAGCAAGAGCCGCCGCAAGGGCAGGAGCAAGAGCCGCGGCAAGAGCAAGGACAGGAGCAAGAGCAGGGAUAAGGACGCUGAGAAGGAGCGGAGGCGACAGGAAGCGAGGGAGAAGGCCGAGCAGGCCAAGAAGGAGACGCAGGAGAAAAACCUGGCGCUGAAGUGGAUCGGCACCGCAACGAGGCUCGAGACAGAGCUGGACGGGUACCUCGAGCAUGAGAAGGCGGACAAGGUGCCGUCAUGGGCUGUGAAGAACGCGAAGGCGGCGAGGAAGUCUGUGGCAGUCAUGAAGGCGGUGGCGCAGAAGCGCGUGCACAGCGGCGUGGCGUUGACGAUCACGCAGGACGAGGCCAUCAGCAUCCAGAAGGAUGCGAGCUCGGCGGCGAGGGCCAUCGCGGGGAUGCUCAAGGAGGCGCAGAAGCACAGCACCU